AACACUCCGGGGCGGAAGCGGCGUCGCUCGCAAUAACACAGCGAGACUCGGAAAUAACCUUUUUAUGAGACUACUACAGUAAAGAAUAAUGAUUUGCAUGUGAAGGGUCUUGGUUUUUGGGCGAACUAUGUGAAGGGAAAGAGAGUCUGAAGAAAGAGGCACAGAAUAACAGAACGAUGUCGAAGGAGAAAGCCCGGCUGUCGCGCAAUGACUGGAUUGCCCUUCAUUGCUCUCUGCUGGAAGAGGAGAGGAAGGCGGAGGUCAGCGCUGCGCAGUCAGAGGUUGAAGGAGCAUCCCUCAAGGUCCUAGAGGCAAGAGGAGUGGUUUUAGGGCAUUUGGUUAUCAGCGAGAGAUCUACUGGCCUUUAUGGACGCCCCAUGAUCACAUUUGUCCCUGCAAGGAAAGAGGCCGUUUUACCUGCAAAUAAUUUUUCUUCAGGUGAUAUUGUUGGAAUCUGUGAGAGUGGAUCGGGCCAGCAGUGUGCAACAGGAGUGGUGAAGUAUGUUUCACAGAAAAAUAUCCAGAUUGUUCUUGACGAUGAUGCUGAUGAGUUGGACAGCCUUAGCGAUGAUACUCAGCUGCGACUGAACAAGCUGGCAAAUGACGUUACGUACAGAAGGAUAAAAUCAGGACUGAAUGAGCUUGAAAAGUUGAUUAAUGGCCCAGCUGCUCACACAGUGUCUGUGUUAUUUGGUGAAUCACCUCCAAGGUCUACAGCUCCUUCCUUACCACCACAACUAACUGGAGCUGAAGGGAAAAUACAGCUUUUUAAUAAAAACCUGGACAAUUCGCAGCGGGAGGCAGUUGAGUUUGCCAUUAAGAGGAGCGACCUUGCGGUGGUCCAUGGUCCGCCUGGCACAGGGAAAACUACGACCAUUGUGGAGGUCAUUAGGCAGCAUGUCAAGCUCAAGUCGAAGGUUCUAGCUUGUGCCCCAUCAAACCUCGCUGUGGAUAACCUGGUCGAGAGACUAGCAGCAGCCAAGGUUCGCGUUGUGCGUGUGGGUCAUCCGGCACGUGCCACUCCUCUCACCCAGCGCUAUACUCUCGACUGCCUUAUGCACCACAGUGAUGAAUCUCAACUACUGAAGGACAUUCAUCGUGAUAUUAAUGACCAACUCAAACAACUGAAGACGGCCAGAGACAGAGGAAAGAGGCAGCACAUCAGGAGGGAAAUCAAGACUUUUAGGAAGGAGUUAUAUGAGAGGGAGAUGAGACUCACGAAGCAGAUCCUGAUGAACAGCGAUGUGAUCUUGGCCACCCUCACGAGUAGUAGUAAUGAUGGUCCCCUUAAGCUCCUGAGGGAGGAUUUCUUUGAUGUGGUGGUCAUUGACGAAUGCUCACAGGCAAUUGAAGCUGCCUGUUAUAUGUCACUCCUCCGAGCCCCAAAGCUGAUAAUAGCAGGCGAUCACUGCCAGCUUCCUCCUACCAUUGUAUCUAAAGAAGCAGCAGAGAAGGGCUUGGAACUCUCACUCAUGGAGAGAAUUAUAAAUCAGUGUGGGGAUGAAGUUGUCAAGAUGUUAACCAUGCAGUACCGCAUGAAUACUGACAUCAUGCAGUGGGCAUCGACAGCCAUGUACCAAGAUCGCCUAAUUGCCCACUCCUCUGUUGCCUCACAUCUUCUUCAUCAACUGCAGGGAGUGACGACCAAUGAAGACACAGAGCGGUCCCUGGUUCUGGUGGACACAGCAGGGUGCGACUGCCUAGAGCUGGACACCGCGGAGGAGCAGAGUAAAGGCAACGAGGGCGAGGCUAUCAUUGUCAGCCACUACGUCAGGGCUCUGCUCGAGGCCGGGCUACCUGAAGAGGACGUGGCUGUUAUCACGCCCUAUAAUCUUCAGGUGGAGUUGGUGCGGGGACUGCUGCGUGAGGACCACCCCAGGGUAGAAGUGCGCUCUGUGGACGGGUUCCAGGGGCGCGAGAAGGAGGCUGUGGUCAUGUCCCUCGUGCGAUCCAACAAACAGGGUACCGUGGGCUUCCUGAGUGAGAACCGGCGUCUCAAUGUAGCUGUGACUCGCGCGAGACGACACCUGGCUGUUGUCUGUGACUCGGAGACGGUAGGCAAGGAUCCGUUCCUCAAAGGAUUCUUGGAUUACAUGGUGAAGCACGCCCUUGUCAGGACAGCCUACGAGUUCCAACAUGAAAUGGAAACCACUGAAGUUGCAACACCAGAAUGUUUAUCCAUGAGACCUAAAGACGAGAAGAAAGACAGAAAGUCGGACUCGAAGAACAAGAAGGCCAACAAUAAAAGGGACGGGAGAGAAGGCGCCAAGAAGAGGAAGAACGACGCGAAGCCCAAGUACAAGCCCCCGACCGAGGAGGAGAACCUGGAGAGGCGCCAGAAGUACGAGGCGAUCAUCGGGGACUUCGUCAGGUCAGCGAGCGACGUGUAUCAGUUUCCGCCGGGCCUGAACUCCUUCGAGAGGCGUCUGAUUCACGAGAUCUGCGACGCGGAAGGUCUCGUCCACCAGAGUCAGGGGGAAGGAAGUGAACGGUUCAUCGUAGUUCAGAAGAAGGCGGGGGAGAGUGUCGAGGCAGGUAGUAGGGGUGAGGAGGAGGAGGAGAAAGAAAAGGAGGCUGAGGAAGAGGAGAAGAGGGAUAAAGAGAAGGAGCUUUUACCGGGAAAGGUAGAGGAAGGAGAGAAAGAGGAAGAGGAGGAUGAACAAAAUGAAGAGGCAGAAGAAGGACAUGACGAGGUUGAAGAAGAAGAAGAGGAAGACGAAAAUGAAGAAGACGGUAGUGAAUUCACAAAAGAGAGAGAGGAGAAAGCGAGUCCCACAGCUGACGGAGGUGCCAUCCCCAAGCUGAAGAACCUGAGCCUCAGCGACACCAAGCCACGCAUAGCAUUCAUCAACGGGAUGUAUCAGGAGGUCAGCCGGGACCACAGCCACUCAAAGGGCGAUAAGAGUAAGGCUGGAGACAACAAGGGCAAAGAGAAUGGGGAGUCAGCGGCACGAUGUCAGAGCUGCGGCAAAGAUAUCUUGCAGCAGAACUUUAGUGUUCAUAGCGCACAGUGUGAGAGGAAGAUGAGGGCGAGGAAAGAGGAGAUGGAGAGGAGAAAGGCAAACCAGAAGAGUGCAAAGAAGAAAGAUGAAAGGAGAGAUAACAAGCCAGGAAAGGAGAAGAAAGAGGAGGAAGAGGAAGAAGACUUUGAUAGUCUGAUUGCUCGCUUCACAAAGGAGGAUAACACGUGCUCGCAACCCAAGUGCAAGACCCCAACUACCGUCAUCUUCCAGCAGUGUCCGUUCUGCAGGAAGACCUUCUGUUUGACGCACCACAUGGCGGAGGUUCACGGCUGUGGUGACGAGGCUAGAAAACAUGCUAGGGCGAUGGUGAUUCGAGAGGGGUACUGUACCCCGGCAGCGGAAUUCCUUCUAAAAAGCCCAAAGACAGCAAACGCAAGCAGCUGCAGAGGAACCUGGACAAGAAGCUGGGUGAUCUAACCAGCCAGAGACAGAGCAAGAAGCCCGGCAAAGAUAAGGACAAGGGCAAAGGCACAAAGUGAUAAAAUAUAUAUAAUUAGGUCUUCGGUUUUCAAAAGGUGUCUUUCAUUAGCGUGUUGUUUGCGUGCUUGAUUAGGUCACUGGUACAAAGGGAGGGUGAAUGUAGUUGUAAAUGUACCGGCUGUGUUACUUCCUGAAGAUAUUUCAGGAAAUACUAAUCUGUGCUUGUUAGCAGUGAGAAACAUUACUUAAUGCUCACAAGUGUUUUGAUAAGUGAAGUUUGUAUAUAGUGAUGCAAAUAUGUUUUUUUUUUAUUGUUUGAAUAUAACUACAUUGUUAUGCUGUGGAGAUAUUGCAUGUAUAUGUCUAAUUAAUUCAGUUUUUAAAGGUAAUCAUCAGUGUUAUAUUGAUUUUGUUGUGAAAUUUUCAUGUUUUAUCAUAUGAAGCAAAGCUAUUUAUUCGUAGUGUUAUUUAACUUACAACGUACUUGCUAUUUAUUACCUAUUUAUAUUUUGAAUUGAAAGUAAUUAGAUUAUUAUAAAAAUCUCAGGUUUUAUAUUUAGAUUUGACUACUUAAAAAAAACUAUGCAGGCGUUGCAUUUUUUUUUUUUUUUUUUUUUUUUUUUUUUUUUUUUUUUUUCUUCAAAUCAGACAAUGAGAUUAUUCCCCUUUGUUAACAGCUCGAGAAGACCAUUAUAGCUUCCUUCUUCAAAAAUACAUUUUAAUCACAAUCUCAGGAUCCCAGAUAAUCCUUAGUUCUUUAUCCCGUGUGAAAUAGCAAUUAAUAUUUGUUUUCAUAUUUCUUGCCAAUAAAAAUUCUAUUUUAU